UGCACGUGCGGCCGGCGGGGAGAGGCGGCGCGGGCUGCACGUUCUCGCCGAGGCCAUGGCGUCGCUCGGUUGUAGCACUGUCGUCUGCGCGGUCUGCUUGGAGAAGCCCAAAUACCGCUGCCCGGCCUGCCGCGUGCCCUACUGCUCCCUGGCCUGCUUCCGGAAGCACAAAGAGCAGUGCAACCCUGAAACUCGUGCUGCAGAGAGAAGAAUAAGACCACCUCUUGCUACAAAAACUAAAUCGCCUGUAGAAAACCAAGGGGAGUGUUAUUAUCAGAAGUUCCAAAAAGAGGUUACUUUGUCGCUGCCUCCUUGUAUGUCCCUGUUACUGUCUGAUGAUGGCGACGACUCAAUAGCUGAUUUUCUCAAUAGCGAUGAGGAAGAGGACAGAGUUUCUUUGCAGAAUUUAAAGAAUUUAGAGGAGUCUGCAGCAUUAAGAAGCUUACUGCUCAACCCACACCUUAGAGAGCUGAUGGUCAGCCUUGACCAGGGGGACAACAAAGCAAAGCUCAUGAGAGCCUGCAUGCAGGAGCCGUUAUUUGUGGAGUUUGCCGACUGCUGUUUAAGGAUCGUGGAACCGCCCCAAAAUGAGGAUUCUUGAGCUGGAUUGUUGUGCUGUUUGCGCAGGCACGUGCAGACUCUCGGCUCCUUUGUCCAGGAGACCAGUUGGUGUGGGGCCUGAGUAAGGAUUGGGAUCUCCAGGAUGCACCUUUCUGGUGGUGGACAGGCUGCAUUUUGCUUCCGUCGACUCUGGGCUUGGAUUUUAGGUAGAGAUGGGGGCACUCGUGUUGGCAUUCUGAGAGAGACCUUGACAUUUGAGUGGUUAUUUUCAAGUGUUUUAUUUUUGGUACAGUUAAGGUAGACAUCACAAAUGAUAUCAUUUAGCAAGUUUCACAUCUGUUUGAGUUAAAACUUGCUGUGUUACUAAAUAAAAUCAAGAUUUGGUAGCUCUACAGUACAGUGCACUGGUAUUAUCCUUGGUUCAUAAUUGCUUGAAAUUACAUUAAAUAAAUCAACAUAUUAAAUAGUAAGAU